GCAGGCUCCUCCGUCCGCCAGGGGCGCUGCGGGCCGGAGCCGAGCCAAGGCGCUGCCGGAGCCGCAGCCAGAGUCUGCCAAGCGGGGGCCGGGCCGGGCUCUGCACGGCCAUGAAGCGGGAUCGGCGCGGCCGGUUCUUACCCGCGGGCGCGGCGGCCAGGGGAGCUCCAGAACCGCCGCCGCCGCCGCCAACACCAGCCGAGGCCAAGAGUGUCCGGGCCCGCCGGGGGCGCCCCACCGCCACCUCCCGGGAGCAGGAACAGCAGCCGGAGCCGGAGCCGGAGCCCGAGCAGUGGGCCUCGCCAGCCUCGGAGGCGGCGGCAGCGGGAUUCGGCCGGGGUGUGAGCACCGCUUACUGCCGGCUUUGCCACGGGAAGUUUUCCUCUCGGAGCCUGCGGAACGCUUUUGGAAAGGUCCCUGUGGUGGGGGAGAGCUCCGAGAAGCAGCGGCGCAUGGACCAGGUCUUCUUCACGGACUUCCAGCGGCUGGUGGGGGUGGCUGUCCGGCAAGACCCGGCCCUCCCCCAGUUUGUCUGCAAGAAGUGCCACGCCCAGUUUUACAAGUGCCGCAGCAUCCUCAAGGCCUUCAUCCAGAAGGUGAACCUGUCUCCCACUGGCCACCUCAAGCCACACGGAAAGGACAACCUUGCCCAACCUCCUUUUCCUGCUGCAAAAGGAGAUGCUCCGUCUCUAGCAGACCUGAUCACAUCCAGUCCCCAGUGCCUCCACAGCUUAGUGAUGUGGACCCACAACCACGCCGAAAGCUGCCAGAUUGCUCCGAGCCUGCAAGGCGUCUUGUCCUCGGAGUACUGCGGGAUCAUCCAGGCCGUGUGGGGCUGCGAAGAGGGUCACGAUUAUGUCAUGAGCACAGAUUCGGACUGCAGCACCUUGUUGGUGGACAACGCCCUGUCCGUCAAGUGGGAACUGAACAAGGGCCCCUCCCCGCAGCAGACGCAGACACACGUGACGGGCAACGGGGUGGGGGCCGACUGUACGGUGGCUGCGGCAGCACCGUCGGAACCCCAGCAUGGCGCUACUCGGAUGGCAGACAGCCAGCAACCUGCAAAAAGCGGGACUCCUCCGCCUGCGCUUAGCACAGAAAGCUGGGUGUCGGAGAGCCAGGAUUUGCCUUCCUUCCAAGAUGCCUCGGAAGCUCCUUUGCAGGAGGAAAGCCUGCCGCAGCCAGACUGCCCUCUGAAUGGCAGUCCAGGGCCACUGAGUGAGAAGCUGGUUCCCUCUGCAGCCUCGGAUGAGCGGGUAAAAGACGAGUUCAGUGACCUUUUUGAGGGGUACUCCUUGAGUGACGACGAGAACGACAAGAGAGCGCAGUCUUCGGAUGACUACUUUGAGCCUUACCCGGAAAAGAGGGUAUCCAACAACAGGAAAGUUGAAAGCAGAGAAGCAAAGAAGCUUGAAGAGCCCAAAAUAAGGAAGAAGCCAGGACCCAAACCUGGCUGGAAAAAGAAGAUCAAAUGUGAAAGGGAAGAGCUGCCCACCAUUUACAAGUGUCCUUAUCAGGGCUGUACAGCUGUGUACAGAGGUGCAGAUGGCAUGAAGAAGCACAUCAAAGAGCAUCAUGAGGAGGUCAGAGAAAGGCCCUGCCCGCAUCCAGGUUGCAACAAGGUGUUCAUGAUUGACCGGUACCUUCAGCGCCAUGUGAAGCUCAUUCAUACAGAGGUGCGGAACUAUAUCUGUGAUGAAUGUGGCCAGACAUUCAAGCAACGCAAACACCUCUCCGUUCACCAGAUGCGCCACUCGGGAGCAAAGCCUCUCCAGUGUGAAAUUUGUGGCUUCCAGUGCAGGCAGCGAGCAUCCCUCAAGUACCACAUGACCAAGCACAAAGCAGAGACUGAGCUGGAGUUUGCCUGCGACCAAUGUGGGAAGCGCUUUGAAAAGGCCCACAACCUCAACGUCCACAUGUCCAUGGUGCAUCCCCUCACCCAGACUCAGGACAAAGCCAAGGCUGCUGAGCUGGAGCAAGAGGCUCUGCCGGAGGCUUCAGAGACUGCAGAGAACCAUCCUGUGAAAUUGGAACCGAGUGUGCAGCAGGAGCCCACCUGAAAGACCCCUGGAUGGAAGCCCUGAUACAGCUUUGCAUAAAGCAACACCGAGUGGGAGUUUUAAACAUGCGUUUUUUAUGGAUCCUCCCAAAAACAGAAAGCGGUGAGGACUUGCUCUUGCUUGCUGGUGAAAAGCUUUCCAUUGCUGUGACUAUUCAUUGUGUGUGUGUUUGUGUCCAAGACCGUAGCAGUGUCUUACAGAGCCAUAUCCGUCUCGCCAAAGGAAGCAGGCUGUUCUGCCUUCCCUCUGACGUGGCGAUUGGUUGAGCUCAGAAAAGGUAUCGCACCUGUUGUAAAGGUGUGUCGGCCAUAGGCACAGGCUCAUUUUUAGGGGUUCUCAAGCUGACGGAAAGCCCAGUUUCAGCCCGAGACAACUUGUUUUAAAUUAAAUUCCAAAGCCAAUCUGAAAAAGAAAGACAAACCAGAAUAUUUGUAACAUGGUUUUUAUUGUUACAAAGUCAUGGUCAUGCUUGUAAUAAAUUAUUUACACCAUACUUUGAACAGAUUAAGCCCUUGCAGGCGUGCCCACUUUUCCCUGUCCGUGCAUUUUGUCCAGGUGGGCAGGGAAUCGCCCCCAUGCCCGGCUGCCUGGACUUCCGCUGUCAGAAAAGGAGAAGUUCUUCAUCAAACAGAUCCCCAUCAUCACUGGAGUGCACAAGGGCAGCCUUCAUCUCUGGGUCCAAGUCUUCACAGAGACUCAUCAACUAAGAAGGAAAAAGAGUCUGGUGUCAAGAGUUGCUACCUCUCUGAAGCUAAAUCCUUGGGCAGACUGUCUGCAGACAGCACUCUGAAAAGACAGAUCUCUGGCCUGGUCAUGUCAUUUCUAGGAGCGCACAGGUCCUAGAAUCCACCACACCUGUGGACAGCAGGAGCCAAAGGUGUGCAAAGAGUCAAGGCACAGCUGCUUGGAGCGCACAGGUGGCAAGGCUAGGAGCAGAGGAAGCUGCUGGAUACCAGGUCAGACUGGCUGGCAGUUCUUGGGCAGAAAAGGGAGCUCUACUCUUGGGAGUUGCCAAGGGUGCAAAGCAUGUGCUAUACUACUGAGCUAGGGUUCCUACCCACUAUAACUGUUAAGUUUUAAAAUGCACAAUCUUCCUUGCCCUUCUUUUGCCAGUUACACGAGGGUGGUAGCAACCACAGAACUGGAGAAUUGGAAAGAACUGCUCGAGAGCCUCGGAAGCUCCUACUCAGGGGCUUGUGCUUCAGGUGUAAAGCCAGACAUGCAAAGCAUUAAGGCCUGGGUUCAAUCCCAGCAUUUCCAGUGAAUGGAACCCAGAGACGGAUAGGCUGGAAAACACCUCCACCUUAAAUAGGCCUUUAGGUGAUACAGAGCAAGGCCAGUCUUAGGGUGCAGCCAGACCAAUAUUGGGCACAUUUCAGCUUUUUCUUCCUCAAAAGUCCUAGUAUUGAUUUGUACUCGCCCCCUCUAAAAUGGCAAAGUUGAGUUUCUGUCCCCUUCGCCUAGAAUAAAUGCUGGAUUUGACCUCUGUACAAAGCUGUAUCCAAAUAAAAUAAAAUAGGAAGAGCUUUGCAAAGGAAGUGUGAGGUAGAGGGCUGAAAGACUGAGCCAGUCGCUAUUGGCUUUGUUGAACUGAUUUGCUGGAUGGAUCAACAGGACAAUCCAGUGUUGCCCGCAGCCCGGAUUUCCCAAGUUUUGAGGUAGCAGAAAGACCUUUCACCCACCUGCUGGAGGCUGGAA